GGGCACAUGUACCUAGCAGCCUACUCCCUCUUCUUCAUCGUGGGCUUCCUGGCUAACUGCCUGUCUAUGUAUGUGGCCUGGGUGUUAAUGAGGAAAGGAAACAACUUGGCCGGGUACCUGGUGAAUCUGUCCAUCUCAGACUUCCUCUAUACGGUCUCCCUGCCCGUAUGGAUCGAGCUGGCCCUGGGUCGGCCCGUAGGGGACACCUUCUGUAGCCUGGUGUCUGUGGUGAUGUACAACAGCUUCUACAUCGGGUCUGGUCUCCUCUGCUGCAUCUCAGUGGAUCGCUACCUGGCCGUGGUCUAUCCUCUCUACUUCAACUGGGUGCGGCAGGUGCGUACUUCAGUGGCAGUUUGCACUGCAUUGUGGUAUGUAGAACUGUCUAUCCACAUCUAUCUUCUUCACCAAAAGGGGGAGCUGCAGGACUUCUCCGUCAGGCAGCUGUGUAAGGAGGGUAUGCCCAUGGCUCAGAAGGAUGCCAACGUUACUCUGACCAGGGUGGAUCUGGGGUUCCUGCUCCCCCUUCUCAUCAUGACCUUCUGCUUCCAUCAGAUUGUUUUGGCACUCCGUGACAGUGCCUCCUUGCUGGCCCGGGAGCAGAGGAAAGUCAGCCUCCUGUUGCUGCUCCUCCUGGUGACAUAUGUGGUGUAUAUGGGAUAA